AUGUUUGAGUCUGGGGAAUUCAAUGUCAAUCCGAGUGUCCUUCAAGGUGUUUUGGCUAUGUCUCAUGGAGACUCAAUUUUUGUUCGGUCUGAUAUGAUCUCUGAUCCAUAUGUCUCAAACACCCAUGUUUCUAUUCAUCGAGUUCUAGGGAACCUCGGAAGAUCGGAGACUGCUUUUCUUGUUCCCCCAGCGGCGCCAAGGUUGGAAGGGUACGAUAUAAAUUCAUGGCACAUGGUGAAUCAUGCGCCUUUUGACGGAAAAUUGGAAGACAAUUUCCUUGGAACUUCACUGCACCUAUCCUUCACAGACUUUACACUUCCGGUAGACGUCGGGAACCGUGGACUUCGCGAUACCCUUGUCAUCUUACUGGAGUCGGUCGUUUCGGCUAACGACAGAGGAAAUCAUAUCGGCGACCUGGACAUUAACGCCAUCGACGACGGGACUCCCUAUCUUUACGUGGAAUGCAAUCAUGAGGAUAAUCUUAUGGAAGUAUCAGAUGAGAACGACUGUUACGAAAAAUUCGUCUGCAUUGAUUCCUGGCCCGAAUUUUUUGACUUGCCCACUGAGAAAACUGGCAUCUCUAGGGCACAUGGUAAUUGGCAGGCUCGACUGGCUGCCGCCGCAGCCGGUGCACAGCUUGGAUACAGAUUUGCCAUGCUGCCGCAUGAAUCAGUUUGUCUCGAAUGUUUGAAGUCUCUUGGUGUUAGCGACUAUGAUUUCAUAAUUGCUUAG